UACCUCUGCAAUCCAAAUGUUAACGAACCGUAUCAUCUGAUAGCACAUUCACAUCACGCACGAUCUAGAACUGAAGCAGCGUAGUAGCAGCGCAAAUCGAGUAAUCGACCCAUCUCAUCAUAAUGGAUCUGCCCAUACUGGCCCAGGUGGAGACCAUUGCCAACCGCUUCCAUUCGCUGUCGUCAGCCGGAAGCAAUGGUGUGCUCAAGACCAUGGUGAAAUCCGAUCUGAACAACAACACCCUCGACGGGAACAUCUCUCCGGUAGAGGAGGAAAUCAGCGAAUCGUACGCGAUUCGACCGUUCUACGAGGGGAAGACCAUUUUCGUGACGGGAGGGACGGGUUUUCUGGGGAAGGUGUUGAUCGAGAAACUGCUGCGCAGUUGCGAUGGCAUCAAAAAGAUCUACAUCCUGUUGAGACCGAAACGGGGUCUGACCAGUGAGCAGCGGUACCGAGAGUUUAUCAAACAUCCCGCAUUCGACCGACUGCGCCAGACGGAACCGUUCGUGAUAGACAAGAUGGUAUGUGUGGGAGGGGACAUCACGAUGCCCCAGCUGGGACUAUCCGAGAAAGAUAUGCAGCUGCUGGUGGAGAAUGUAAACAUUGUGUUCCACGUGGCCGCCACCGUGCGGUUCAACGAAGGCUUGAAGGAAGCUGCCGUGUUGAAUGCCAUCGGGACGCAACAAAUGCUGGAGCUUUGCGUUAAGAUGUUUCAUUUGCAGAGCGUGGUCCACGUCUCGACUGCCUACAGUAACCCGAGCAGGCGCGAAGUCGACGAAGUGGUCUACCCGCCAACGAUGAAUGCCGACUCGUUCAUACAGUGCGUGAGCAUUCUGCCAGGGGAUGUGAUCAAUGCACUGGCCGGGAAGCUACAGGGAACUCAUCCAAAUACGUACACGUUGACGAAGUCGAUUGCCGAACAACUGGUUUCCGAGUACAGCAGUCAGCUGCCGAUCUGCAUCGUACGACCGUCGAUCGUGACCGGAGCGCUGAAGGAACCGUACCCGGGGUGGGUGGACAACGUCUACGGAAUUACUGGUAUCAUGAUGGAAAUCGGACGAGGUACCAUCAGUAGUAUCAUGUGCGAUCAAAACUGCGUCAUGGACGUCAUUCCGGUGGAUAUCGUGUGCAAUACCUUGAUCGCGGCUGCGUGGGAAAAUGCCAUCACCAUGUCCAACCCGCUACGGGUAUACAACUGCACCUCCGGUCCGAUCAACCCGAUCAAGUGGUACAAAUACGGCGAAAUCACCCAGAAGUAUGCCAUUAAGAAUCCAACCAAGUACGUGAUGCUGUAUCCGGGCUUCCAGUACCGCACCAAUCGAAUCAUGCACAAGAUAGUCGAGCUGUUUCUGCACUUUCUGCCGGCUUACCUGUUCGACGUAGUGAUGCGAAUCCAGGGAACGAAGCCGAUCAUGGCCAAGAUUGCCAAACGCUUUCAGAAGGCAGCCGACACGGGUGAGUUCUUCGCCAUGCACCAGUGGGACUUCAAGAGUCACAAUCUGAGACGGUUGAUGCACAAGGUCCAUCGGGCGAAGGAUGGGGCCGAUUUUGACUUCGAUAUGACCCAUAUGGACUGGGAUGCGUACAUCGAGCGCUACAUGCUCGGGAUUCGCAAGUUUGUGCUGAAGGACGACCUGGACAGCAUGGAGAAGGCCCGGAGGAAGAUAAGGCAGCUGUACUGGUUCAGAUGGUUUCUGCUGCUUGUGGUGCUGUUUGUGUUGUAUCAUUUCGUGCUGAAGAGGUUUAUUUUCUAAGAAGGGAUGUCAUCUGGGUUUGGAAGGUGAGCAGUAUGGUUAGAUCUGUUGUGGAACAAUUUUAUUAUGUUAGUACUGAUAGCUAGCUGAGUGAGUAGAAUAGCUUAAACGUUAGGGAAUUAGAUAGCUAAUGUGCACAUACAAUCUAAAUAUAGUUUCUGUUUUUAUGGCAACCAUGUUGAUGGAAAUAAAUACAUACUUCUUU